AUGACAUUCAACCCAAACAACAUCACCCUCGUGUACACAGGCUACUACGUCCCCGCCAGCAGCGGCACGUACGAAUUCUGCUCCGCCGAUGCUGACAACGUUGUAAACUUUUACUUUGGCCAGGCGGCGUUCCCCUGCGGCGACGCGUCUGUUACCUCGACACCAGCCGGCAUCGAUCCUACAAUUUAUCAGGCCUUCGGCUUCACCCCCGCAACCGUCUGCGUGUCGAGAGAUCUCGUGGCCGGCUUGCCGUACCCGAUGCGUAUCGUCUACGGCAACUACGGUUUGCCUGCGGGUUCGACCGUCACGAUUGCUCCUCCUGGGGAGGCCGGGUCUUCCACUUGGGCUGGGCAGUUGUACGAGGGGACUUGCACGACCUUGACGCCACCGACGAGAUUCAAGCAACUGUAA